AUGAUGAGCUCCAUUAAUUCCCAACCAACCUACAAUUACCACUCGUGUGGAGAUGAAUCCAACAAUUCCCCCAACACUUAUUUCGAAUCAAACCUCAAAGUCCUGCUGGGUGCUUUAUCCACUAAAGCUUCCCAAGACUACAGCUUCUACAACCAUUCCUCUAAUGGCAUCUACGCCCUGUUCCUCUGCCGGGGUGAUGUUAACAGUAGUACCUGCAAAAGCUGUGUCAGCUAUGCGGGUCAAGAUAUCACAACUCGGUGUCCAUCAAACACAACUGCCAUCAUCUGGUUUGAUGAAUGCAUGUUGAGGUACUCCGAUGCUAAUUUCUUUGGAGCGGGAGAUACAUUGCCAGGUCUAUUCAUGUGGAAUGUCGAGAAUACUACUUCCCCUGAGGAACCUAAUUUUGGAGUACGAGCUCUAAUCAACGGGCUAAUAGAAGAUGCUAGAGGAACAGAUAUGUUGUACAAGGCAGGUACCCGGUCUGGGGAUAAUGGGUCUGAGGUUAGAUAUGGUUUGGUGCAGUGUACUAGAGAUAUCAAUGCUACUUCCUGCACCAAUUGUUUGGAAAAGUCGAUGACUAGUGCCAAUCAAUGUUGCGAAGGGAAGAAAGGGUGGCGUGUUUUAGCCCCAAGUUGUAUUAUAAGGUAUGAGAGCUACCCAUUCUUUCAGCCACCAUCUCUGCCACCGCCACCGCAACCGCCACCGCCACCUCAGCCACAGCCACUGCCCGACAAUGGCUGUGAGGUUAUGAUCAGCUCCAUUAAUUCCCAAUCCCAGCCAACCUACAAUUACCACUCUUGUGGAAAUGAAUCCAACAAUUCCCCCAACACUUCUUUCGAAUCAAACCUCAAAGUCCUGCUGGGUGCUUUAUCCACUAAAGCUUCCCAAAACUACAGCUUCUACAACCAUUCCUCUAACGCCAUCUACGCUCUGUUCCUCUGCCGGGGUGAUGUUAACAGUAGUACCUGCCAAAGCUGUGUCAGCUAUGCGGGUCAAAAUAUCACAACUCGGUGUCCAUCAAACAGAACCGCCAUCAUCUGGUUCGACCAAUGCAUGUUGAGGUACUCCGAUGAUAAUUUCUUUGGAGUGGGAGAGACAUCUCCGGCGGUGCUCAUGUACAAUGUCGGGAAUACAACUUCACCUGAGGAACCUAAUUUUGGAGCACGAGCUCUAAUGAACGGACUAAUAGAGAUUGCUAGAGGAACGGAUAUGUUGUACAAGGCAGGCACCUGGUCAGGGGAUAAUGGGUCUGAGGUUAGAUAUGGUUUGGUGCAGUGCACUAGAGAUAUCAAUGCUACUUCCUGCAGUAAUUGUUUGGAACGGUCGAUGAGUAGAGCCAAUCUAUGUUGCAAAUCGAAGAUAGGUUGGCGCGUUUUGGCCCCUAGUUGCAAUAUAAGAUAUGAGAACUACUCAUUCUUUCAGCCACCAUCUCCGCCACCGUCACCGCCCCCGCCACUGCCCGACAAUGCUGUGGAUGAAAUAACAAGUGUUGAAUCGUUGCAAUUUAAUUUCAGCACUAUUAGAGCCGCCACAGACAACUUUUCUGACGAGAAUAAGCUUGGAAAAGGUGGAUUUGGGAUAGUUUACAGGGGUAUGCUUUCCAACGGACAAGAAAUAGCUGUGAAAAGAUUAUCAACAAAUUCUGGACAAGGAGAUGUGGAAUUUAAGAAUGAGGUCCUGCUAGUGGCUAAGCUUCAACACCGAAAUUUAGUUAAGCUCCUUGGAUUCUGCUUGGAAGGAAAUGAAAAACUUCUUAUCUAUGAGUUCGUGCCUAACACAAGCCUUGAUCGCUAUAUAUUUGAUCCCAUGAAGCGUGCAGACUUAGAUUGGGCAAGACGGUAUAAAAUUAUAGGUGGCAUUGCUCGAGGGCUUUUGUACCUUCAUGAGGACUCCCGGCUUAGGAUUAUUCAUCGUGACCUCAAAACUGGCAACAUUCUAUUAGAUGAAAAAAUGAAUCCUAAAAUUUCAGAUUUUGGCAUGGCAAGAUUAUUUGCAUUGGAUCAAACUGAAGGCAGUACAAAUAGAAUUGUGGGGACCUAUGGAUAUAUGGCUCCAGAAUAUGCAAUGUUUGGACAAUUCUCAACAAAAUCAGAUGUUUUCAGUUUUGGUGUACUAAUUCUAGAGAUUGUAAGCGGUCAGAAAAUUACUAGUUUUCAAGACACACAGAAUACGGAGUACCUUCUCAACUAUGCAUGGAGAAAUUGGAAGGAUGGGACAGCUUCGAAUCUCAUAGAUCCCACGUUAAUGAAGGGCGGUCCAAAAAUCGAAAUGAUGAGAUGUAUUCACAUCGGUCUGCUAUGUGUUCAAGAAAAUGUAGCCGACAGACCAGACAUGACUUCAGUUCUUCUCAUGCUUAAUAGCGAUUAUGUCGCCCUCCCUUUACCUACACAACCUGCUGCAAGCUUUAUGCAGGGCAAUGUUGGGUCAAGCAAAUCACUGCAACUGGACAGCAAUUGUGGGGGAACUAAUUAUGUGGCUUCAAUUACUGAAGAGUUAUCUCCUAGGUAG